AUGUCUCAACAUAUAAAUAUAGCAUGGGAAAAGUAUUCUGCAGUUAAAAUUGAAGAAGCAAAACGGUGUGCAGCAUAUGCUGCAGUAGAUGAUAAUUUUUCUGAGGAAAUCAAAGUGAUUGGCAUUGGUAGUGGAACUACAAUUGCCUAUGUAGUUGAAAGAAUAGCUCAAAAACAGGGUUCUCAGAAUAUGAUCUUUAUUCCUACGGGGUUUCAAAGCAGACAAUUAAUAUUGGAUGCUAGCUUGUCUUUAGGAGACGUUGAUGCAUAUUCAUCAAUCGAUCUUGUUUUUGAUGGUGCAGAUGAAAUAGAUGAAAAUUUAAAUUGUAUUAAAGGUGGAGGCGCAUGUCUUUUUCAAGAAAAGUUGAUAGCAGUAAGUGCUAAAAAGAGAAUUAUCAUUGCAGAUUAUCGUAAAAAAUCUUCUGUUUUAGGAGAUAAAUGGCAACAAGGGAUACCGGUUGAAGUAGUGCCUAUUGCAUAUUCUAGGGUUAUGAACAGUCUUAUACAAUUAGGUGCUUUGAAUCCAAAAUUGCGUCUUUGUAAUAUAUACAAAGCAGGACCAGUGAUAACUGAUCAUGGCAAUUUCAUUAUUGACGCGCCUUUUGGGAAGAUUAAUAAUCCAUCAGUAUUAGAAAAGAGCAUAAAAAUGCUUAUUGGUGUAGUCGAAGUAGGUCUUUUUAUAAAUAUAGCAGAUAUCAUUUAUUUUGGAAACGAAAAUGGGGAUGUUGUAUGUCUUUUUAUUUUACUUUUAGUAUUUUCUUACUAUUCUUUAGAUUGUUUGCCAUAA